AUGUCAGCAUUGAACAGAUUGAAAACCCGAGUCGGAUACUUACAAGCUCUGUCACUUACUGGGCCAGCCCGCAAAGCCAGGCGAAGAGGAAGAAAAGGAGGACGAGAAGAGGACGACGAUGAGGUAGACAAGCGGACGUGCCAGGCGAGGAAGAGGGGGAAGCAGAAGAAGCAGAAGAAGCAGAAGAAGCAGAAGAAGCAGAAGAAGCAGAAGAAGCAGAAGAAGCAGAAGAAGCAGAAGAAGCAGAAGAAGCAGAAGAAGCAGAAGAAGCAGAAGAAGCAGAAGAAGCAGAAGAAGCAGAAGAAGCAGAAGAAGCAGAAGAAGCAGAAGAAGCAGAAGAAGCAGAAGAAGCAGAAGAAGCAGAAGAAGCAGAAGAAGCAGAAGAAGCAGAAGAAGCAGAAGAAGCAGAAGAAGCAGAAGAGGUAG